AUGUGCCUGGAUUUUGUCCAGAAAAUUAAUUUAAAAGCAAUUGAUAGAUAUGAAAAUGAUGAAGAUACAAGUGAUGAAGAUAAUAAAAAAAAUGAAGAGGUCAGGCAGUUUUCAGCUGAAAGGUCUUCUUUAUCUGCAUUGGCGCUUUAUCCUUGUUCCUCGCCUGGAAGUAUCAAGGCGCGUUUUUUUUUCGCUUCUUCUUCCUUAUCACAUGGUGCUCGUGGUGGUCUUUUAUUUGAUGAUCCGCAUGACAACAAGUUUGAUGAUGACAAUGUUGCAUUCGAUGGUGCUGAGAAUGUCAACGAUGACGUUGACAAUGUUGAUAUUUUUGCUGAUUAUUAG